GGCUACGAGCCGACUGUGUAUUACCCCAAGCGCCCCAACAAGCCCCUGUUUGAAGGUUUGACCACCCAGUGCCAGAAGAUGGACAUCCCCUUCCUCCCCGAGUUCCCAGCCGAGGCUGCACUCAUCGAUGAGCUCUACGGCCUGGUGGUGGACGCUAUUUUCGGGUUCAGCUUCCAGGGAGCGGUGCGGGAGCCCUUUGGCAGCAUCCUCAGCACCCUCGAGCGCAUCACGGUGCCCAUCGCCAGCAUCGACAUCCCCUCAGUCUGGGACGUGGAGAAGGGGAAGGCGGACGGUCUGCAGCCCGACAUGCUCAUCUCGCUGACGGCGCCCAAGAAGGCAGCGCUCCAUUUUACCGGCCGCUACCACUUCCUCGGGGGCAGGUUCGUCCCCGCCGCCCUCCAGCAGAAAUACGCUUUAAACCUGCCGCCGUACCCCGAGACAGACUGCGUCCUGCAGCUGACCUAG